AUGAGUGCAACAAAAUUAGGCAUUUUGCUCGUUCGUACACUAGCGAAACCAAUUGCAAAUAGUAUUAAAAAUUAUAGUAAAAGACAUGCAACUUUUCGUCAAAUGUGUAUUAAUGUAGCGCAGGCAACUCAUCGGUUUGAAAUUAAAUUAAAGAUGAAUUUGUUGAGUCAAAAAUCCGAAAAAAUUCGCCCUUUAAACGAUGCAAAAGCUGUAGAGAUGGGUGCUAAUUUUUUAGGCGAGGCAGUUAUUUUCGGAGUUGCAAAUCGUCAACAUCAAUUGAAUGAACAAAUAGAAAAGUUACAAGAGGAAACGACAGAAUUAAAAUCUCACAUCGAAAUAAAUCGAUCAUUUGAGGAUCGAAUGAUGAAUCAACUUGAAGAACUGAAAAAUGAUAAUGAAAAAUUACGAACCCUCUUAGAUAGAAUUUUGAUAAAAGGAUUGGAACCAAGGAAGUCUCAAAUUUUAAGAUUUCCUGGAAUGCAAUGGGAAAAUAAAGAUGAUAAUAAAAAUCCACAAGAUCAAAAUACUCUUGAAAAUAAAACCAUUGAAAAGAUUGAUUCACAAAAUUUAAACUCCGCUGAUCCGCAGUAA